AUGCUCCUCCCCGUCGUCCUCCUCCCCCUUGCUCUCGCGGCCGUCCCAGCCCUCGCCCAGAUCUCGGACGACUUCGAGAGCGGCUGGGACCAGACCAACUGGCCCAUCUACGCGCCCGACUGCAACCAGGGCGGCAGCGUGACCCUCGACAGCACCACGGCGCACAGCGGAAAGAACUCGAUCCGGGUGAACGGGGCGAGCGGGUAUUGUGGGCAUAUCUUUUUUGGGACGACAAAGGUGCCCAGUGGGGAUGUUUAUGUGCGGACCUGGCUAAAAGCAACCACCGCCCUGGGCUCCGACCACGUGAGCUUCAUAACCCACCCCGACGCCGCCCAGGGAACGAACAAACACCUCCGCAUAGGCGGGCAGUCCUCCAUCCUCAUGUACAACCGCGAGUCGGACGACGCCACCCUGCCGGACCUCAGCCCGGCCGGCAUCGCCACCUCCGAGGCCCUGCCAACGGGGGAGUGGGUGUGUUUCGAGUACCACCUUGGCACGGACGGGACGAUCGAGACGUGGUUGGGGGGAGAUGCGAUUGCAGGGUUGACUGUGGGUCCUGGGAUCACGAAUGCGAAUGAUGCCGGUUGGACGAGGGAGACGUAUGUUCCUGAUAUCACUGGGGUGUAUUUUGGCUGGGAGAGUUAUUCGGGAGGGACGAACACGUUUUGGUAUGAUGAUGUUGCUGUUGCGUCCACGAGGGUGGGGUGUAACACUACCGCUGCGAGGUGA